GGAGCAUGCGGAGUGUUUGCAAGCGGGGUAGUGGCAUGAUCUUGCCCUUUUUGAUCGUGUUUUCAAAGUUAAUUGUAGGAAGAGAAAACGUGCAGGGAAAGGGGCUGUUUGCCAAACAGCUGAUCCGGAAGGGGGAAACGAUCUUCGUGGAGCGGCCGCUGGUGGCUGCGCAGUUCCUCUGGAAUGCACUGUAUCGCUACCGAGCCUGUGACCACUGCCUCCGGGCCCUCGAGAAGGCAGAGGAGAACGCCCAAAGGCUGACGGGGAAGCCAGGCCAGGUGCUGCCUUACCCAGAACUAUGCCCCGUGAAGAAGGACCUCCACCAGAACUGUCCCCACUGCCAGGCGGUGUACUGCAGUGCAGAGUGUCGGCUGGCGGCGGCUGACCAAUACCAUCGGGUCCUCUGCGCAGGGCCCUCCCAGGACGACCCCCUGCAUCCACUCAAUAAGCUGCAGGAGGCAUGGAGGAGUGUUCACUAUCCCCCUGAGACUGCAAGCAUCAUGCUGAUGGCCCGCAUGGUGGCCACAGUGAAGCAGGCAAAGGAUAAGGAUCGCUGGAUCAGGCUCUUCUCCCAGUUCUGUAACAAAACGGCCAAUGAGGAGGAGGAGAUCGUCCACAAACUCCUGGGGGACAAAUUCAAGGGCCAGCUGGAACUUCUGCGGCGGCUCUUCACAGACGCCCUCUAUGAGGAUGCGCUCAGCCAGUGGUUCACUCCUGAUGGAUUCCGGUCUCUCUUCGCUCUUGUUGGAACCAACGGCCAAGGCAUCGGGACCAGCUCCCUGAGCCAGUGGGUCCACGCCUGUGACGCUCUGGAGCUGAAGCCUCGGGACCGCGAGCAGCUGGACACCUUCACCGAUCAGCUGUACAAGGAUAUCGAGGCAGCAACUGGCGAGUUUCUCAAUUGCGAAGGAUCCGGCCUCUUUGUGCUUCAGAGCUGCUGCAACCACAGCUGCGUUCCCAACGCGGAGACCUCCUUCCCAGAAAACAACUUCCUUCUGCAUGUCACUGCGCUGGAGGACAUUAAGCCAGGAGAGGAAAUCUGCAUCAGCUACUUAGACUGCUGUCAGCGGGAGCGCAGCCGCCACAGCCGCCACAAGAUCCUCAGGGAGAACUAUCUGUUUGUCUGCUCCUGCCCUAAAUGCCUGGCAGAGGCUGAUGAACCCAAUGUGACCUCAGAGGAGGAGGAUGACGAUGAGGAGGAGGAAGGAGAACCAGAAGAUGCAGAACUGGGGGACGAGAUGACCGACGUGUGAUGCUGGCCUGCCCAGAGGGGCCUAGCCCAGACCCUGCCGGAAAAGGGGGCCCUUCCUCCAGAGAAGAGGCUUGCAAGGAAGUUGUCCCCCACCCCCAUUGCCUGCUUCCCCUGCCUGCCCCCAUUUUCUCUGUCGCUGCCAGAGGAUAGGACAGGCUGGGCCCUGGCCCUUCGUCCCCACCAGACCUCACACCCUGAACCCCACUGCUGAGCUGGCACAGGCUCCGUGUUUUCAUCGAGCCUCCCCCAAGGUGCUCCGCCCAGGCGAGAGGGACUGAAACCAACACCGACCAGUAUUUCUGCUGCUGGCUGUCGGCCCACAGCCCAUUCUUCCCACCCACCGAGGCUGGCCCCUCAGCAUUCUGCUAUCUUUUGAGGGCCUCAGAAAGGGACGCAACUCGAGAGCAGUGCUGCUCUGCACGAAUCGACAGGACCGCAGCAAGCCACAGCCAGGGCCAAAUCUGAGGAGAGCCGAUUUCACGGAAAUCCCUCCCUUCCUCCCCGGGGGAGGACUUAGCCCUCCAGAGCUGGGGCUCCCUGGGGAGGGGGAGCCUCCCCGGAUCAGGGCGAUGAUUUCUUCCCUCCUCAUGCUCUCCCAUGUGGCCCAGGCUCCCCACCUCUUGCCUCGGCCUUACGGGGCAUAGAGGAGGCCCGGCCUUCCUCAGACAGGCACGUGGGGGCCCCUGCAGCACGGCUGAGGCCUUGUGCUCCUUAAUUUAGGAUGUUCUAGAGUCUUCUAUGAGUCAGUGAGGGAGGGGCUCUCCUGGCCUCAGUCUCUAGGGUGUCCAAGAAAGAAGACAUAUUCCAGAAACAUGGAAGAGCGAGGCUGGAAGCUCUAGAGGAGCCCCACGGACCCUCUACCACACAGCAUUGGCGUGGCGCUCUGGUUGGCUGCCGCAUAAACUCCAACCCAGCACUUCCAAUUCCCUCUGCCUCCCUUCCUGAGGGCCCCAUCAGAUCCUGCCAAGGACCCCCGGGAGGGCAGGCGCCCACCACAGGCCAUUCCGUGAGUCAUGGAGCCCGUUGGACUGUGCUUGCUGGCCCUGCACCUGCUGGAUUCUCAAUCCUCCUGCACAGCAGCCAGCACCCCGCCUGCCCGCCCAGCUCAAUAAAACGUGAGUGGUGA